AUGUUUCUUUAUGUGCAGGAUUACAUUGUUGUGAAGAGAUCUGCUGAGCCUACAAUACAGAGAAGCAGCCCCUGUGUGUUAAGAGGAUCCUGCAAGACCCAGAGCUCCAACACGGUGUGUCCACCUCACUCACUGAUACAUGAGGGAAACGAUGAGCAGAACAUCCUGGAACUGACCAAUCAGAUCAUCCACCUGCUGACUGGAGAGGUGAGGCUGCUGGGAAUGGGACAUCAUAGAGUAAAACCAAGGGAUGUGUCUGGAUGGUGACUGGAUAAAGAUGUUGGGAUCUCACUGUCUGUUAUUUCUUGUAGGUUUGGAAGCAUUUAAAAGGGCAAAAGGAAACUUACAAGGAAGUGAUGAUGGAGAGUCACCACCCCCUCAUCUCAUUGGGUGAGACAAAGUUUAAUCAGCAUUAUGUUUAUUUAUAGAGCAGAUAUCAUAUUCACUUAUAUCAUCAAAUAGCUGGUAUCAAGUACAAUGUGAGAUCAGUACAGUGAUUACACACUGGUAAGGAGCAAGACAAAAUAAUUUGAUUUAUUAUCUUUUACAUGGAUCACAGAGAAGAGAUGAUGUUAUACAAGUCACUUCACAUGUGGUGGCCACUGAAAUUUUGCAAGGCCUGUCCUUUGAUUAGGUUGUUCUAUAACCUCACAGGGAAUCCUCAUGGCAAGUGACAGCUACAAGUUCAGUCAUAAGAUAUUCUCCCUGGAUAACUGCUACAUGGUUCAGCAAAGUUAAGGCCUUCUGGUUCAUCCAGCCUCUACAGGUUCUUCUACAAGCGAGGCAGAAACUCACCUCGCCAAUCAGUGGAGAAUUGCCACUGUAAUAAUUGAUUGGUUAAAUAGUAGAGAUCUUUUCAAAUUAUUAAAAAAAAAACUAGCUUGCCUGGUAGGCCCACUGUGCUGAUCACACAUGGUCAAUGGCUCACCUCACUGGAAUUCAAAGUAUUGAACAAAUUGGCCAAAUUGUUUAUUAGGAUCUCUAGACCUCUUCUUCUUAGGAUGUUCUAAUUUUGAGUAUUUUAUUUCCAAUAGAUGGUUCUGUAAACCGAAAUGAAACUGGUGAAUCUGGCACUUCAGUUUCUCCUCCGGAUGCUAUAACAGAAGAUAAUACAAUCAACUGUGUGGCAGUCUGUACACCAAGCAGUAAAUCGUUAACUCAUGAAACAGAAUCUGAGGAAGAAAAUCUCCGAGAUCUUAAUAUGCCCAUAGAACAUAUACAGACAGAAUAUCUAUCUACUCCUAUUAAAGAGGAAUCAGACUCUUGUGAGGAAAGAAAUCUCUCAGAAACAGACAUUUAUACACCUACAGAAGAUGUAGAGAUAGGACAUCCAUCUACUCAUAUUAAGGAGGAAUCCACUUCAUGGCAAGGUAGAAAUCUUGUUGAAGCUUCCAUUUAUACAACCAAGGAAGAUAUACAUACGGACUAUAUAUCAGAGUGUGAAUCAACAAAUGAAAAGCAAAUUCUUAUAAACACCAAUAUUUAUAAAUGCACAGAUCAUACACAGACAGAAUAUCUACCUGAUCAUAUUAAGGAAGAAUCAGUCUCAUGUGAAGCCAGCACCUUUACUAGCACCGAGGUUUAUACACCCACAGGAGAUAAACAGAUGGAUUAUACAUCAAAUAAUGAAUCUGUGUCACACAAAGAAGGAAAUCUCAGAGACGCUGACAUUUAUACACCCACAGAACAAUCACAGAAAGAUUAUCCAUCUGCUCAUAAUAAAAAGGAAUCAGCCUCAUUUGAAGAUAGAAAUCUCACCGUCUUGAAUUUUCUUACCCCCAUGUCUCAUACUGGAAUACAAAACAAAGGGAAUAGUAACGUCGUUUCAUAUACCAAUUCAGAGCUUGUUAACCAUCAGAGUGUUCACAAAGGAAAUAGCAUGACCAGUGCAAAUUAUAUUUUACAUGAAUAUUUUAAGCAGAAAUCAUUUGAUUACAUGUCAGAUAUUAAGGCACAUGAGCGAACUCUCACAGUAGAGAAGCCAUAUUCAUGUUCACAAUGUGGGAAACAUUUCAAAGACCUUUCAAAUCUUAAGAAUCAUCAAAAGACACACACAGGAGAGAAACCAUUUUCUUGUUCUGAAUGUGGGAAAUGCUUCACUCGCAUGUCAAAUCUGAAGAUACAUCAGAGGACUCACACAGGAGAGAAACCAUUUUCUUGCUCUGAAUGUGGGAAAUGCUUUAGUCAGAUGUCACAUCUUAAGAUACAUCAGAGGAUUCACACAGGAGAGAAACCAUAUUCAUGUUUAGAGUGUGGGAAAUGCUUCACUGACCAUUCAGCUCUUAAGACCCAUAAGAGGGUUCACACAGGAGAGAAACCAUAUUCAUGUUCAGAAUGUGGGAAGUGUUUUGCUCACCAUUCAGCUCUUAAAGGUCAUCAAUGGAUUCACACAAGAGAUAACACAUUUUUAUUGCUCUGA